AUGCAGCGAGGAGAUCUCCAGAACCUCCAACCAAGUCCCAUCUGCGAUGCCCCACCUCUCGGCGAAGAUGGUGAGCCUAUCACUGCGGCGCACGAAAUCCCUUCACAUGAGCCCACCACUGGCGUCGACCGAGCGACGCUCCUGACUACACUCUCAUCUACCCUGUCCACAUGCAUCGCCGGUACUCACAAUCCCCAAGACAUUGACAACGCGAUUAAUGCCGCGCAUGAAGCAAUUUCCCUCUCGCCAGCAACCGACGAGCACGAUGAUACACUGUUAUAUUCCCUUGCUGAGUUGCUCCUCUAUCGUUUCAAGUUUAGUGGCGAUUCGACAGAUGUGCGCGAGGCUUUGUCCAUCCACCGCAAGGCGCUUGACCUUCGUCCUCCCGAUCAUCCAGAGCGCUAUCAUUCUGUUCUGUCGCUUGCAAAAGCCUUACAUACCUAUUUCUAUCUCGCCGGCAAAAUACAGGACUUGCUCGACGCUAUCGAGUUCGGUUAUCUUGCCCUCUCACUCUUUAAUCCUACAUGCCACGAUCAGCCCGCCUUUCUUACUACCGUAGCUGAAUUGAUGCUCAGUAGCUUCAAGCAAACAGGCCUCUCCUCCGAACUCGACCAGUGCAUCGAAUAUGCCCAAGAAGCCGUCUCAUGCUGUCCGCCGGAGUCGCCCGCGCGGGCUGCGUCGCUGGAUAUCCUAGCGCGGUCGCUGCUUUCACGAUACGAAGAACGAGGCGAACCUAUUGACUUAGAGGCGGCAAUAGAAUACGCACAGGCGCACGAAUCCCUUUCCCAUGAACUCACCACUGACGUAAACCGAGCGACGCUCACGACUACACUCUCGUCUGUCUUGUUCGCACGCCUCGCCCGUACCCACGAUGCCCAAGGCAUCGAGAUCGCCGUUAAAGCUGCACGCAAAGCCAUACCCCUCUCGCCCGCAGCAGACGAGCUCGAUGAGAUACCGCUAUAUUCCCUUGCAGAGUUGCUCCUUCGUCGUUUCGAGCUUAGUGGCGAUCCGACGGAUGUGCAGGAAGCUUUGUCCCUCCACCGCAAGGCGCUUGUCCUUCGUCCUCCCGGUCACCCAGAGCGCUACCAUUCUGUGCUGUCGCUCGCAAAAGCAUUACAUACACAUUUCUGCUACGCCGGCGAACCUCAGGAUUUGACCGACGCUAUCGAGUUUGGUGCUCUCGCCCUCUCGCUUUUCGAUCCCACAUGCCAUGAUCAGCCCGCCUUUCUCACCGCCGUAGCCGCGCCAAUGCUCAGUCGCUUCAAGCAAACAGGCCUCCCUUCCGAACUUGACCAGUGCAUCGAAUACGCCUAUGAAGCCGUCUCAUGUUGCCCGCCGGAGUCUCCCAUGCGGGCUGCGUCGCUGGAUAUCCUCUCGCGGUCGCUGCUCUCUCGAUAUGAGGAACGGGGAGAACUUACUGAUCUGGAGGAAGCAAUCGAAUAUGCGCAUGAAGCGGACUCCCUUUGCCCUGAAGGUCAUCCCGAUCGUCCUCGGGCCCUAGGUAGUGUGGCUGCUGGGCUUCUAGUCCGCCACGAGCGCAUCGGAGAGCCAGAGGACCUGCCGCAAUCGGCGUCGCUGUCUUGGGACGCUAUCCAGCUUUGUCCGCGUGCAGCACCUCUUCGUCUGACGCUCCUCAACACCGUCGUUCCUGCGCUCACUGGCAUGUGUGCGAGAGAGCGUGAACAAUCUGGUCUGGAGACAUGCAUUGAACUCGGCGAUCAAGCGCUCGCUCUCUGUCCACCGGGUCAUCCCGACCGCCCGCGCUCACUCAUCAACCUCGCCGUCGCUAAAUGCACUCUCUUCUACCUCGCAGGCAGACAAGAGGACGUAGACGACGGCAUCAUCUCUCUCCGUGAAGCCAUCGAACUGCUUCCAUCCGGGGCCGUCGUUCGCCCUGUAGCUCUCGGUAGGCUAGCAGAUGCCUUGCUUUUCCGCUUCAAAUCUUACAAGGCUCUCGAUGACAUUGAGGAAAGCGUAGCACGCGGGAAGGAGGCUCUGUCAGCAUGCAGCCCUUGCGCACCAGCACGCGCGAAGAUACUCGACCACCUAUCUGACUCGCUCGCUGAGCGCUUUUCAUAUGUCUUAGAGAGAGACGACUACAGCAAGAAAGUCGACUACGGCUAUGAAGCGCUUUCGCUUUAUCCUCCAGGUCAUCCCCGCCGCACGAGGAUCAUGAAACCUCUGCUAGCUUCUCUCUUGCAACAAUCUUGGGCCCGUGGCAAUUUGGAAGAGGUGGACCGUUCAAUCGACUGCAUGCGGGAGUUGCUCCAGACGGCGCCCGACUCUAUCGAUUCCUUUCGUCCGGACUUGAUUUCGGCUCUAUCAAAUGCCUUGCAGCGUCGCUUCGAUAUGACGGGUCAGCUAAACGAUCUCACGGACUGCAUCCGGUAUGGUUAUGAUGGUCUGUCGCUGUGUCCGAAGGGACAUCCCCGCCGCCCACGCAUUUUGACUGGACUAUCGUUUCAUUUGGUCAGGCGGCACUCCGAGACAAGACAAUUGGAGGACUUGAAUAGCUCCAUUUCACUCCUUCGCGAAGCGUUAUCCCUGCACACUCCGGAGUCUUCUGGUCGUAUCGAUGUGCUGAACUUUCUGGUGCAGUCUCUUUCCGCUCGUUCUAAGGAGACAAAGGACCCUCAAGAUCUGGAGGAGUCCAUGCGGUACUUGGAAGAAGCACUACAACUCAGUCCGUCUCAGCCCUCCUUCCUCCAGGACUCCGCCAUGUGCUACUUGCAACGAUACGACCAAACUGGAGAGCUUGGCGACUUGGACAAAGCUAUUUGCUACUAUCGGGAACUCCUAUCCAUUUCUCCAGACGGGUCAGCACUUAGUCUUAGCCCUGGUUUACUUCUGAGCGUCCCUCUGCUCGAUCGAUACAGGGAGCUUGGGAAUUUGGAGGACCUCGACGAAUGCAUUGAUCUAGCACGAAGGGCGCUGUCGUCCUAUCCUUCAGAGCUGGGUCACUCGGGGCGUGGAAGAGCACUGGGCAUUCUCACAUCGGCUCUUGGUAUCAGGGCGGAUAGCACCGGUAACGAAGCGGAUACACUUGAAGUUAUCCUGCAUCAAAAAGAGCUCGCGGUUUCUGCAUUCGGUUCUGGCUGCCUAAGUCGGCUUCAGACCGCGACGCACUGGGCAUCACUGGCCCAUGAUCGAAACCAUCCUUCGACAUUAGAGGCUUACCGCACGGGCCUUGAGCUGUUGGAGCAGAAUUUUGCAUAUUUUCCGACAUUGGAAAUGCAGCACGAGGCGGUCCGAGAAGCCGGAUCUUUAUCUUCGAAUGGCGCAGCGUACGCAAUCAGCCAAGGAGAUAUCAAGCUCGCCGUCGAGAUGCUAGAGCAAGGCAGAGCUACGCUCUGGUCUCAAGUCCGCCGUCUGCGCACUCCCCUCGACCAACUGGCUGCCGACGGAGACUCGAUCCAUCUUCGAGACGCCUUCCUGGAGAAGAGUCGUGCACUGGAGGCACUCAAUACUUCUGCGAAUCCAUUCAUAAGUCGCUCGGGUAUAGGAGAAGGCGAUGAUCCGUAUGGGCGCAUGCUGGAGACGAAACACCGCCUGACGGCGGAACUGAACGAGGUCAUCGAGCAGAUUCGCGUCAAAUUCCCGGACUUUCUUAGCCUGCCCUCCUACGACAAACUCAAAGCCGUCUCCGCAGAAGGCCCGGUCAUCAUCAUCAAUCACAGCUUGUUCCGGUCGGAUGCCAUCAUUCUUGCGCCCGGCGACAAGCUCAGAUGUGUUCAGCUGGACGACACCUUUCACAAGCAAGCCAUCGACCUAUCUGAAAAGUUGCUCCAGGCGCGUCAAGUCUUCAAGAGUUCGGCACAGAAGGAGUACGAUCGAGUCCUACGGCUCACGCUCAAAGUCCUCGGCGAGCUUCUCGUCGGUCCCGUCGUGGAGAAGCUGAGGGAGCUCGGAGUCGAGGAAGGGUCUCGGAUCUGGUGGUGCCCGACAUCCGUGGUAUCGGCGCUACCAAUUCACGCCGCAGGCCCACUCACGAUGUCGGAGUCAAAAUCGUCCAAGUCCAAGGUGUACCUCACGGACCUGUACAUUCCAUCCUACACUCCGACCCUCACUGCGCUCAUCGAAGCCCGGAAGGCGCCGACUGGUAGUGGUGGACCGGUAGAGCGUGCAGGCAUUCUCGGUGUCGCUCUCCUGGACAAGUCUCUGCAAGCGGUGGCUGGCGAAAUAGACGUUCUUCGCACGCGCUUCCCGGGAGACAAGCUGACGCUCGCCAUGGGAAAUGGAUGCAACCGCGAUGCGGUGGUCGCCGGUCUUGCGGAGCGACCAUGGGUGCACUUCGCCUGCCACGGGACACUCAAAGCGAGUGAGCCUUUCAACUCGGCGCUCAUACUCUCCGGGGACGAACGACUCUCGUUGCUCGACAUCGUCAAAGCAGGCCUACACAACGCCGAACUAGCCGUCUUGUCGGCAUGCCACACCGCAGAACAGACACAGGACAGUGCGAUGGACGAGGCACUCCACCUGGCGGCGGCGAUGCAGUUCUCUGGGUUCCGGAGCGUGGUUGGGACGAUGUGGCAGGUGCAGGAUGAGGACGGGCCGAUGUUCGCCGAGUAUUUCUAUGGCGCGAUGUUCGAACAGCGAGGUGAUCAAGACACGCUUCAUGCAUCGGAGGUCGGAUUCAAGAAGGCUGCGCGAGCGCUGUAUGCAGCUACGAAGAAAAUGCGGCGAAAGAAGGUUGACGUGGAGAGAUGGGUUAACUUUGUGCAUAUCGGGGCAUAAGUACAUUCGGGCAAUAUUCCUCGAUUCAUCGCGAGUCCGGCGUUAUGAUGACAGAGAAGUUCAUUUUUCUUUUCAAGGGCGCGAGUUUAGGGCUCUCCAACUGUGACUGCGGCUGCGUGAUUACGGGUACGGGUAUGGGUCUCUCUAACCGUGACGGUGGCUGCAUGGCGAGUUCGGGUCUCUCGAACCGUGAUCGUGGUCAUCUGGAAAAACAGGAUUUGUAAAUUAUUAGUAAUUAGCAUACUUGGUUACCUUUUUACAGGCUUUCUUGCUGUUGUCAUCUUUUCUACACUACUUCAAUGCUAGCUGGCUUUCUCUUCAUU